UGGUCAGUGUUGGCCAACCCGCACAUGGGCCGCACAUAGACAGUAUUGGAAGAACUAUUGGAAAUAUUUAUAUUCGCCAUAUUUAUAUUCUCCAUAGAGUGAAAUCAUCUCGGUGAGAUCUUCAGCGGGGGUCUUUCCGGGUCUCGAUCCAGCGACCGCGAUGAACUUAAUCCUACCGAUGUGUCUGCUUUAUGUCGCUGUGAAGCGCGCUAGAGGACAGUCUAACGUGAUUGGCUCAAAUAAAACAGUUAGAGCCGUGGUCGGUCAUGACGCCAUUCUGCCGUGCCACCUGGAGCCCCCAUUCGACGUGACCACUCUAUUAGUGAUGUGGAAACGCGAUGGAGCUGUUGUGCACGUCCAACGAAAUGGGCAUGUCGCUCAAGAAAAGAACUUCAGAAGCAGAACAUCUCUCUUCCAUGAUGAAAUGGUCAAAGGAAACAUUUCACUAAAACUGACCAACGUAACUAAACGGGAUGAAGGAAAUUACACCUGUAAUGUUCCCAGUCACACCUUACAGACUAACGUUAGGAGUGGCAACGUUACCCUCAUUGUUGAGUUAAUGAAGAAAAGCAACAAAGGGAAUCAGAUGUAUGAUGAGCCAGAGACAGAAAAUCAUCAAGAUGGUAACAGCACUGGCUCUACCAACACUUUGUCUGGCGGGGCCAUCGCCGGCAUAGUCAUAGCUGUCAUAGUCAUAGCCGUCACAGCCUUAGCCAUCAUCGCUGGGGUGAUCCCUGGAGGUUUUUAUGGAAGGUGUCCCUUCCUCUUAUCUUUUCCCUGUGGUCGACGUUUUGAAGAUGUGAGGCAGAGCGACCCAGAUGCUCCGGUGGCUCACAACGGGCCAGUGCAGGCGGUGGAUGGAAGAGCUGGAGACCAAGAAGAACCAAAGGAUCAAAAAGAGGGAGAGGAAGGGAUUCCUCUGAGAGGGAUCGGGGACCAGAACCCUCCUGGAAAAAAAACCUCUGAAGCAGGGACAUCUUUAGUUUUUGGCCAGUCUUUGGCCAGUCUGUAGGUGCUCUUUACCUGCUAAAAGUAAUUUAAUUUAAUUUAAUUUAAUUACAUUCCAGUAAAACAAGCUCAGGAAAAUAUUUUUGCACUGCCCUGCAAUAACUGUCACAACAUACACUAUAAAACAGUUGUAGCUAAUCAUCCUCAGAAUCAGAAACAAGCUAAUUUCAAGUAAGUCUUCACUACGGCUGGACCGUAUAAACAGCAGCUACACCUUUAUGAAUUUAGAAAUUUUAGACCAUACCGCCCAGCAUUUAGUCUUCACAUACAAGGAAUUUGCCCAUAUAAUUGGUGAGUCGAGCCAACUACACAGGAUCUGCCGUAAAAACACUCUGCGCUGGCUGUGCCUUUGUUUUAAUUUUGGAGAGAGUGUUGGAGAAAAGUGCUACGCUCCAAGUGGAAAUGUCUUUUUAAGACAAGUCGGAACUAGACAAGAAGCAUUAAUGACGUACACCAAGUGCCUGCACUCUGCUCUACCUCGCUGUUUUAUCUCAGAUCAUUUAUCGUUUUUUUAAGAAUCAAAGGAUCACCUUACUCAGAUCAUUUAGUCUCAGCUGAGCACAAUUUGUGGCAGAAGGGUUGAUUCAGCAUCUUGCAUGUGAAAUGUUGCUCAGAAAGUAAAAAAAAGGCAAAUCACUACGGUACUACAUCUUAAGAUCUGUUAAUGCACAGUAGGCCCCAAACACAACUCAAAGAAACACUAGAGUAUUCUGGAUUUGCCCUUUAAACUUGAACCUUUCUGCAAAAUGACAUGCUGCCUGCCCAUUCUACUGCAUUCUCCUUAACUCGAUACAAAAAGAUAAGUUUUGGUUGAAGCACUCACUUUUAAAUUCUCGUAAUUAUGCACAUGAACUAUAAAACUAAGACCGGUGAUCAAAGGAAGCGUAUUGUGUGAAGUUUGUGAACUGUAAAUGUGAAUGUUUUUUUAAUAUAUUUGCAAAUAUGGCCAAAUGAAAUCCCACUUUUGUAUUUUUGUAUCAAAUGGACGUUGAUUUAAAUAAAUGGGUCAAAAAUCGACCUACAUGCUGUA